AUGACUCGAACGAUGCGACUUGACGUCGGACUGGUGACCUGCUUGGCCGCCUUGUCCAGCGUCGCGGAUGCUUUCUGGCGACUUCCCUGCCGAGGACGAAGUGGUCUGGCUCGAAUGGAUCCAUUGAUGGACCCCGGAAAGGCGUCAAACCACGUCCAUGCGAUUCAUGGCGCAAGCGCCUUUUCGAUGUCCGUCAGCGAAAACAGCCUCAAAGAAUCGAGCUGCACCUCUUGCGCAGUCACCCAGGACAAGUCGGCGUACUGGGCUCCCGCGCUGUACUUCCAGCACGAGAAUGGUGAUACUGAAAUUGUGGAGCAAGUGGGAGGCAUGCUUGCUUACUACCUUCUUUACGGAGAGAAAGUCGAGGCAUUCCCCGAAAACUUCCGUAUGGUAGCCGGUGAUCCAUUCCUGCGCAAUUUCCCCUGGCCGAUCCCCGACCCCCCGAAAUCCGAAUGGACCGGCAAGCAGGGAUCCCAGGAUGCCCUCCGCCAGAAGGCUCUUGGAUUUAACUGCCUGAACUACGCCAAGGAUGCGGAGCCGUCGCUCGGCCGCCACUACCUGCCCGACAAGUCCUACCUGGAUGAGCACUGCACGGAUGGUGUCCGUUUCGAAAUCAUGUUCCCGUCGUGCUGGAACGGAAAGGACAGCGACUCCGACGACCACAAGUCGCAUGUCGCCUACCCCUCGCUGGUUAUGGAUGGAACUUGCCCCGAGGGCUAUGAGACCCGCGUUGUGUCUCUCUUCUUCGAAACGAUCUGGAACACCUACGCCUUCAAGGACAAGCAAGGACGGUUCGUGCUGUCCAACGCCGACCCGACUGGCUACGGAUAUCACGCCGAUUUCAUCCACGGCUGGGACUCUGGUGUCCUCGAGUCGGCCGUGAAGCGAUGCACCAACCCCUCUGGCCAGAUUCAGGACUGCGAUGUCUUCGACAUUCAGAGUGAGAGCGACCAGCAGAAGUGUAAAUUCGAGGUGCCCGAAUUGUUGAAAGAUGAGGAUGUCGAGGAGUACAAGGGCAGUCUCCCCGACGGUCUGCUUGUGGCGGAUGGACCUUCUUAUGCGAAGCCCUUCUCCUACGUCUCCGGGCACGUUUCCGCUACCUCCAGUGCCAAAUCGACUGCCAAAUCUACCUCAGCUCCCACUUUGGCUCCCACCUCGGCUGCCCAAUCAUCCACCUGGACCGCCUCGCCCACCACGUCGUAUGUCAAUGGCGUCGUUACCGAAGCCGUGGUUUACGUCGAGAGAGAAGUCUUCGUUUAUGUCGACCCGCAGGGUAACGUUCUCGAAACAUCCACUGCUGCUCCGGAGACCCUUUCCACCGUCACCGAGACCAACACCCAACACGUCUCCACCGUCGUUACUACGCCUACUGCGCCUCCUUCGAAGCGCACUCACGCGCACAAGCGUCACCACCAUGGUCACCAUGGUCACUAA